AAUCCGAACGAGCAAGCUAGAGGAGAUUUGAAAAGAAGAAACAACGAAGCGGACAUAAUUGAAGCAACUCUUUUGAAAUGCAACCGCUCUGUUGACGUUGUUUUCUUGAUAGACGAGUCUGGCAGUGUUGGAAGAACAAACUUUCAAGAAUGCCUCGAUUUUGUAAAGAACAUGACAAAAGCAUUUCCCGAUCAUAAACUCAGCGGAAAAGAUGGCACCAGAUUCGGUUUGUCCACAUUCAGUUCCGGCUACAGAUCACAUUUCUAUUUAUCAAACUACACAAAUCAGUCAGCCUACCUUUCCGCAAUUAGUCGAGUUUCCUACUCCGGUGGAGGUACCCAACUUGGUCGAGCUCUACAACACAUCUUAACCGAUCAAUUCACCGAAGAACGAGGUCUGCGUCCAGAGGUAGAUGGCGUACCUCGUGUUUUGAUUGUUCUAACGGACGGUCAAUCGUUCGACGCUGUUUCAACUCCAGCAAAAAAUGUAAAAGAUGAAAAUAUCGUUGUUUAUGCAAUUGGAGUCGGCGGGUAUAAUCUUGGACAACUUGAAGACAUUGCCACUUCUAAAUCACACGUUCACACACUGUCUACUUUUACCGAUCUUGACAUAUUUAUUUCCACGCUAACGGCGUCAACAUGCUAUGAACCCCGUUCUGCGCCUCUUAACGGGACAAUAAUAACAAAUGUAGCAGAGGAUGCUUAUCAGUAUUUCAGUUACAAAGUGAAGCCAUCUUCAAACCUCGAGAUCAAUGUGGUCGAUUUAUCUGGUAGCACGAUUGUUUACGUCUCUCGGACUAAUCCUCACCCUUACAAGUACGACUACGACAUUGUCUACGACCUUUCAACCCAAACGAACAAAAUCAUCGUCAUUUCGCCCAUUAUACCUGUACCAAAUACAAAGGUGAAACGGUCAGCCGACGAAGAGCUCACACGACAAAUCUAUGUCUCGGUAACUUCCGACACCAACUCGGCUUCGUUCAAGAUUGAAGGCAAAGAAUGCAAUCCCUUGAACUGUACGGAGGGAACAAAUCAAAUGCCCACCACUCAACCUCCCACCACUCACCUUCCUACAACUACCGCUACUGCUACAGCAACUGCUACAAAAACGACAUCCGCAGCUUGUGUUGUUUUCGCUACAAAGUUCGUCGUG